GAAAUUGACAAAGGUUAGGAAGCAGAAAGCGAUAAACGAGAAGAAGCAAAGCGAAGGAACAAGAAGGUGCACAUUGUGUGGAGGCAAUGGGGAAGAAUCAGGACCAGAAAACGGGGCUAGGAAGGGCCCUUGUGAAGCAGCACAAUCAGAUGGUUCAGCAGAGCAAAGAGAAGAACCGAUUCUACAAGAAGAAGUUUCUCGAAUCCUUCACCGAAGUCUCCGACAUCGACGCCGUCAUCGAGCAAACCGUUGAUUCUCUCCCCGAUCGCUCCGCCGCCACACCUUCCUUACUCAUCAACUUAGACCAUGCCUCUGUGUCCGAUGAAACGACGUCGGAAGUAGCGAAGAAGCAGCGGAAGCAAGAGGAGGCACUAUAUGCUAGCAGCCUCCGUGUUCCGCGCCGGCCGCCGUGGAAUUCCGACAUGUCUGCCGAGGAGCUUCAUGAGAGUGAAACGCAAGCUUUUUUGAUUUGGCGUCGCAGUUUAGCAAGGCUUGAGGAGAAUAAGAAGCUUGUUCUUACUCCGUUUGAGAAAAAUCUUGACAUAUGGAGACAGCUCUGGCGGGUUGUUGAGCGGAGUGAUUUGCUUGUUAUGGUCGUUGAUUCCCGAGAUCCACUGUUCUAUCGUUGUCCAGACCUUGAGACUUAUGCACAAGAGGUUGAUGAGCAUAAACGCACUUUGCUUUUGGUCAAUAAGGCUGAUCUUUUACCUGCCUCUAUCAGAGAGAAAUGGGCAGAAUAUUUCCGUGCUCAUGAUAUUCUCUUCAUCUUCUGGUCAGCUAAAGCUGCUUCAGCAGCCCUGGAAGGCAAAAAGCUUGGUUCAUCAUGGGACCAUGAUAAUGCAGGUAGAACUAAUAGCCCAGACACAAAGAUAUAUGGAAGGGAUGAGCUUUUGGCCCGCUUGCAAUCAGAGGCAGAAGAGAUUGUUGACAGAAGGAGAAAUUCAGGCUCCUCUGACACAGGGCCAUCUGACUAUAAAUCUCCUGCUGAAAAUGCUGCUUGUAGUUUAUCAUCAAGUAAUGUAGUUGUGGGAUUUGUCGGAUAUCCUAAUGUGGGGAAAAGUUCAACUAUUAAUGCUCUGGUUGGUCAAAAACGGACUGGUGUUACCUCUACUCCAGGGAAAACAAAGCAUUUUCAGACAUUAAUUAUCUCUGAUAAAUUGACCCUUUGUGAUUGUCCUGGACUAGUUUUUCCAUCUUUCUCAAGCUCAAGAUAUGAGAUGAUUGCUUGUGGGGUGUUACCUAUUGAUAGGAUGACUGAACACAGGGAAUCUGUUCAAGUUGUAGCUGAUAGAGUCCCAAGACAUGUCAUAGAGGAGAUUUAUAAGAUCAGGCUUCCUAAACCUAAGCCAUAUGAGUCCCAAUCCCGUCCCCCUCUAGCAUCUGAACUUUUGAGAGCGUAUUGUGCUUCUCGUGGGUAUGUUGCCUCUAGUGGACUCCCUGAUGAAACUAGGGCUGCCCGUCAGAUAUUGAGGGAUUACAUUGAUGGGAAGUUGCCUCACUAUGAAAUGCCUCCAGGUGUGUCAAAUGAGGAACAAGCUUUGGAAGAUCCCACUGGACAUGUUUCAGUUGACUUGCAUGAAUCAGAUUCAUCUGGUAUCGAAGAUUCUUCGGAUGUUGAGAGUGAAAUUGCCCCAAAUCUUGAGCAUGUAUUGGAUGACCUCAAUUCAUUCGACAUGGCUAAUGGACUUGCUCCAACGAAAGUUACUAUGAAGAAGUCUAAGGCAUCUCAUAAGCACCAUAAAAAGCCCCAGAGAAAAAAAGAUCGAUCUUGGAGAGCAGGCAAUGAUGAUGCCGAUGGGAUGCCAGUGGCAAGAUUCUUUCAGAAACCAGCAAAUAUGGGUCCUCUGAAGGUUGGAUAAGAUCAUACGUUUUGGUUUUUUACGACACCGUAUCUGUUACAGUACACUGUUUAUCUGAGGUUUACUAUAAAAAUAUUUGUUUGCAAUGCAUUGAGGAAAUAGAUGACCUGAGUAAUUUAACUGGAGCUUGCCCCUUAACAGGAAAAAGACGUAGGAAUGGAAAAUUGGAUGCAAAGAUUAGUCAGUGUUAAGCGCAUUUGUAUAUUUUCUCUAUAGUAUUGUGUAAGACGAGGCUGGGCUGAAUUAUGCCCCAUAUAUAAAGGAGUAGCGAAACGAUUGAUUGAAUUCCUUUUGGUGGUGAAAUAUCGCUUUGAGCAUUGACGAGAGAAUUUAAGGAUUUGUUUUGGAAUUAGAUUUUGGAGAGAAUAAGACGAAAUGGAAAGAUUUAUGAGAUAAUUAUCUUUAUUCAAGGGUUUUAAGCGGGAGAUAAUUUAUAAAUUUCCUAAGUUCAUCUUUUGAAUUUCU